GGCAGGUUUUUUGCAACACUCGUCUUGUCUGAUCGAGACAUGUUACUUGUAAUGAAUAGAAUUACAUAAAACUAUUAAAUUUCUGUUGUAACCAGGGUAACUUGAUUCGUUCUAGAACAAAAUACUACAAACAUCUCUUUGAAAUACGAAUUGGAGAGUUGCUAUGUUGUUUACCAAGAAUUCAGACUUCUUGAAUCUUUCAGGUUUGACAAUUCACAGACAUCAACAAUCAUCAUCGCCAUUUUAGAGGUUAGAAUGCUUCCGCCGAAAUGCAUAUUGAAACAAAGACGAUUUCGUGGUAAUUUUGAUUGGUGAAUUCUAUACGCGUUUAUUAUCGCAAUUACCCGUUUUCCCAUUUAGAUAUCUAAUAUCUUAGGUCAAAUAUCAGUUACCAAGAUCUCCCUAUUUCAAGAAAUUCAGAGGUAUUUCUCCGUUUCAAAGUUCUGUUUGUUUGUUAGAUUUGAGCUUUAAGCUUAUUAGGUUCUGCUAGAUUUAUUGUAAUUAAAAACCCUAAGUUUGGAUUCAGCUCUUCGCCUCUUCCCCGAUGCUUUUGAAAAUUUGGAACACAAAGGAUCAGCGUUAUUGAAUGGAUAAUAAUUAUAAUCAUUCAUCUCAAUACAAUCCAUACCCUUAUGGAUAUAAUCCCAAUUCUUCUCCAUAUCCACCACCUUCCAAUUACCCUCAAUAUCCACCUUCCAAUUCAUCUCCAUAUCCACCGUAUCCCCACCCAUAUCCACAUCCAUCACCACCACAAACCCCACCGGAAUACUCAUAUCCACAUCCAUCACCACCACAAACUCCAUCGGAAUACUCAUAUCCACAUCUAUCACCACCACAAACCCCACCGGAAUACUGGUACCCUCCUCCACAACCAUUUUCCGGUGCACCACCUCCAUAUCAACACCCUGGAUAUGGCUACCCUCCCCCACCACAAUACAAUCAAGAAACCUUUCCUCCUCCAUUUCCACCUCCUGAAGCUCAACUGCCUAACCACCACCACCUCCACCACCACCACCACCACCAAGAUAGUGGUGGUGGUGGUGAAACACCACCACUCUCAGCUCCAAUCUAUUACCCGCCUAUAGAUCAUCAUUUAUCUCAACUAUCUUUAUCUGAAUCUGCACCAUCCGCCCCCGCAUCACCACCUGCACCCGCCGCCACGUCAGCAGAAACACCGCCAGUCACCCCUCCAAUCUAUCCAAGUGUGAUUACAAACGAAUCUUUAUCAAGUCAUAGUUUUCAUGGGCAUUCUUCAAAUCCUGAGGUGCCUCUUUUACAUAGCAACUCUCUUGAUCUAUCUCAAACUCCCUCUCUCAACAACGCCCCUUCAUUCAUAAACCCACAAAACAAUCAACAAUACCAAAUGGUAUCAUUUGGGCCUUCAAAAAAGGCAUUAAAAGUCCUCCUUCUACAUGGGAAUUUGGACAUAUGGAUACACGAAGCAAAAAACCUUCCAAAUAUGGAUAUGUUUCAUAAAACAAUGGGGGAUUUUUUCAAUAGAUUUCCUGGAACCCGAAGUAAAAUCACCAGUGACCCUUAUGUUUCCAUAGCUGUGACAAGUGCUGUGAUUGGAAGAACUUAUGUGAUUUCCAACAGUGAGAAUCCAAUUUGGAAACAACAUUUUAAUGUACCUGUUGCACAUCAUGCAGCUGAAAUCCAUUUUCUUGUUAAAGAUAGUGAUGUUGUGGGGUCACAACUUAUAGGAGUUGUUGCAAUCCCAGUUGAAGAUCUGUAUUCAGGAACAAGAAUCGAAGGGUUUUUUCCAUUGAUUGGAACAAAUGGAAGACCUUGUAAGAAUGGAGCUGGUUUAGGGCUUUCAAUUCAAUACAUUUCAAUGGAGAAUUUGAGUUUUUAUCAUAAUGGGGUUGGAGUGAAUCCUGAAGGGGUACCAGGGACAUAUUUUCCAUUAAGAAGAGGGGGGAGGGUGACUUUAUAUCAAGAUGCACAUGUGCAUAAUGGGAGUUUACCAGAUUUUAGGCUUGAUGAAGGAAUGCAUUAUGUUCAUGGGACUUGUUGGAAUGAUAUAUUUGAAGCAAUAAGUAAAGCAAGACAUCUGAUUUAUAUAACAGGGUGGUCUGUGUGGCAUGAAGUGAGACUUGUACGUGGGGUUGGUAGUUUUCCCGAAUAUACCCUUGGUGAGCUUUUGAAAUUGAAAUCCCAAGAAGGUGUCAGAGUUUUGCUUCUUGUUUGGGAUGAUCCUACUUCAAGGAACAUUUUGGGCUUCAAAAUGGAUGGAUUUAUGGCUACUCAUGAUGAAGAAACUCGGCAUUUUUUUAAGCAUUCUUCAGUGCAAGUGCUGCUUGUUCCUCGUAUGGCUGGAAAAAGACACAGCUGGGUGAAGAAGCAGGAAGUUGGAACUAUUUAUACACACCACCAAAAAACAGUGAUUGUUGAUACUGAUGCUGGAUAUGGUAAAAGAAGAAUCAUGGCUUUUGUUGGAGGACUUGACUUAUGUGAUGGGAGAUAUGAUACUCCACAACAUCCUUUGUUUAGAAGUCUUUCAACAGUUCAUGCAGAUGACUUUCAUAACCCUACUUUCACGGGUAAUCUUGCGGGUUGUCCAAGAGAACCAUGGCAUGACAUGCAUAGUAAAAUCGAUGGUCCAGCAGCAUAUGAUGUGAUGACUAAUUUUGAAGAAAGAUGGCUAAAAGCUUCAAAGCCUCAUGGUUUUAAAAAACUCAAAACUUCAUAUGAUGAUGCUUUACUUAGAAUAGAAAGAGUACCCGAACUUUUGGGUGUAAAUCAUCAACCUUCCUUUAGUGAUCAAGAUCCCGAAGGCUGGCAUGUACAGAUUUUCCGUUCAAUCGAUUCAAAUUCGGUUAAAGGGUUUCCAAAGGAUGCGAGGUUAGCUGCAGAAAAGAAUUUGGUUUGUGGGAAGAAUGUGAUGAUUGAUAUGAGCAUACAUUCGGCAUACGUGAAAGCUAUUCGUUCCGCACAACAUUUUAUUUAUAUCGAGAAUCAAUACUUCAUCGGAUCAUCAUACAAUUGGAGUUCCUAUAAAGACUUGGGUGCCAACAAUUUGAUACCAAUGGAGAUUGCGCUUAAAAUCGCAAGUAAAAUCAAAGCACACGAAAGGUUUGCAGUGUAUAUCAUCAUCCCUAUGUGGCCAGAGGGUGUCCCUACGGGCUCUGCUACACAACGUAUUCUUUUUUGGCAGAACAAGACGAUGCAAAUGAUGUAUGAGACGAUUUACAAGGCUUUGGAAGAAGUUGGGCUUGAGGGAUCAUUUUCAGCACAAGAUUAUUUGAAUUUCUUUUGUCUUGGAAACCGUGAAGCUUCUAGUCCAGAUGAUAAUUUAGGUGAUGAGAGCCCUUCUACGGGAAAUACUCCUCAGGGACUUUCUCGUAAAAGCCAGAGAUUCAUGAUAUAUGUACAUUCAAAAGGCAUGAUAGUUGAUGAUGAGUAUGUAAUUAUCGGAUCUGCAAAUAUAAAUCAACGCUCUAUGGAGGGAUCAAGAGACACAGAAAUUGCAAUGGGAGCUUAUCAACCUCAUCAUACCUGGGCAAUAAAACACGCCAAUCCACUAGGACAGGUAUACGGAUACCGAAUGUCCCUAUGGGCAGAACAUCUUGGGCACGUGGACGACCGUUUUACACAUCCGGAAUCUCUGGAAUGCGUGCGCCACGUCAGAUCAUUAUCCGAAGCUAAUUGGAAACAAUUUGCAUCGGAUCAAGUAUCAGAAAUGAGGGGACAUCUUUUGAAAUACCCCGUUGAGGUUGACCGAAGAGGAAAAGUCAAAUCUCUUCCUGGAUUUGAAACUUUCCCCGAUGUAGGUGGCCAAAUCGUCGGCUCCUUCCUUGGGAUUCAAGAGAAUUUGACUAUUUGACCAGUUUUUUUUUUUUUUUUU